AUGACUGCUAGCGUUUUCUCGGUACCAGUAUUCUUCGUCGUAUUUCGAGAGUCUUUAGAGACGGUCGUCAUCGUUUCCGUUCUUCUUGCAUUCAUCAAGCAGAGUUUGGGCAAUUCUGAUCAAGAUGCGACAUUGCGCAAGAAGCUGUUUCGACAGGUCAUUUGGGGAGCUUUAUCAGGACUCCUCCUAUGCUUGAUCAUCGGCGGUGGUUUGAUCGGGGCUUUCUAUGGAAUUGGUAAAGAUGCCUGGUCCACUACUGAAUACUAUUGGGAGGGCUCAUUUGCUAUCGUCGCCUCUGUUAUCAUCACUUUGAUGGGAGCUGCGCUACUCCGUGUGUCAAAAAUGAAGGAAAAGUGGACGGUUAAGCUUCGUCAACAUUUAGAGCCAUCAGAAGAUACAAGAAAACGAAGAUGGUACGCUAGUUGGCUUGACUUCAAGAAAUGGGGAGAGAAACACUUCAUGUUUGUUCUUCCCUUCAUUACCGUUCUUAGAGAAGGACUUGAGGCCGUCGUCUUCGUGGCAGGUGUUUCUUUCUCUACGCCUGCAACAAGUAUCCCACUCCCAGUCAUCAUUGGACUGAUUGCUGGAUUAGCAGCAGGAUAUGUCAUAUAUAAAGGUGGAGCAACAUCGAAACUUCAAUUCUUCUUGGUUAUAUCAACAUGUCUCUUAUAUCUCGUAGCUGCCGGUCUUUUCUCAAGAGCAGUAUGGUUCUUUCAAGCACAGAAUUGGAAUGAUGCUACCGGAGGCGACGCAGCAGAGACUGGAGCAGGUCCGGGUUCUUAUGAUAUUAGGCAGAGUGUGUGGCAUGUCAACUUUGGCAACCCUGAAUUAAAUGGUGGUGGCGGAUGGGGAAUCUUCAAUGCCAUUCUCGGCUGGCAGAACUCCGCAACCUAUGGCUCCGUCAUCUCAUACAACCUCUAUUGGCUUGUGGUCAUUGUUGGGUUCCUUCUAAUGAGAUAUAAGGAAGUGAAGGGCCAUCUCCCACUUGCCCCAACACUAAGACCUUACUUUGCACCCAUCACAACUGUGAAGGGACAUAUCGCAAACAUGAAGCAACGCGCCAUCUACAAGGAUGAAAAGGUCACACCGAGCGUUGAUGUUCAGAAAUAUAGAAGAACCAGCAGUGAAACUUCAUCGGUGGCUAAAGAUCCUGAGAAGGCUAUAGAUACAGUGAGAGAGGUACCAGUCCGCACUAUUUCGGACUAA